UGCAAAAAGGUUUGUCCUCUCUCCGGCAAACAGCCAGCAAAAAUUAUUCAGAGUGAAUUGGCGAGUUUUUCAUUCCUUCUAGCCGUGAAAAGUUGUACAGUAGAUAGUUUUUACAGUCCAUCAAACAGGUUUUAUUUUGUUUCGACAAUGCGAGUACCUGCUGGCAGCAACAUUAAGUUAUCAUAGAUCGUGUCUAGCUCAUAGUCUACGCCGCAUAACACGAUAAACACAGCAAGAAAAUCGUCUGGAGGAAGUCUACGACAGAGUUCCACUCCGCUCCAUCCCAUCGGAGCCACCAAAAAUCCUUUAAUUGGAACUUCCUGCAAACUUCAUAGGAAUCUCUAGUGUUAACUAUCUCGAACAGAAUAAAUUCCGACAGCAUCAGUGAUGUCUCCCCACAAAUGAGUGCUAUUGGAUGAGGAUAGUAUUUUGUGACUCGAAUAAACGUCGAGUGGCUGGACGCUAGCAAGGACAAAGUGGUGGUGGCCUAGAUUUGGUCGGGAAUCAUUGAACUGCGAGACAAAGGUUACCACUGAGAAACAGCGAUAACGCACAGACGUGAGGAAAGACAUGCUGAAGAACAACCAGACGUCAUUCGAGGAAAAAUGGCCCCAAAUGCGGCCGAUAGUGCUGAAGCUUUUAAAGCAGGAACCGGUCACGCACUCCGAAUGGCAGGAGCUAUUCUAUGCGGUACAUUUGGUGUGCCUCUGGGAUGACAAGGGUCCUUCCAAAAUACAUGACUGCCUCCAGGAGGACAUCGUAACAUUCAUCAAACAAGCCCAAAGCCGAGUACUUGCGCAACGCGAGGAACAGGCCCUGCUGAAGGCAUACAUCGUCGAAUGGAGAAAGUUCUUUACCCAGAGCAGUUAUCUACCAUUACCAUUCUGGCAGUUGGAGAAUGCCCUGCAGGUGAGUUGGCACCAACAAAAGUGAUUUUAGUUCGCACAA